AUGAAAAAAAUUGACGAAAGUGAGGAAGUGUUAACUCCUGGUGAACUUCAAACGGAAGUUGGUCAAUUACUUGAAAACUUAUCUUCUGCUUGCGAACAAUUGGCCCAAAUUAGCACUUUUUCAACUACUUCAUUAGGUAAUCAGUUAGAGAGUUGUGCUGCUUCACUAGAAGAGCUUCGCAAUUUGAAUCAAAUUGCUCAUUCGGAACUAUCAACCGCUUCUGAAGCAAUACACCUUUUCAAUAGACGAGCUAGUGAUUUGUACCCAGUUUUUGAUAAAAUCGAUAAAAUUGCACUACACGUAGAAAAGAACAAGAAAGCGUUGACUGAGCUUGAAAACCUUUGCACCAUCAUUGAAGUUAAGAAAGGAAUCAAAAAACAAUAA